UGUUGUUGCCACCGCCGCCGCUUCCCAAGUCUCGCGAGAGGCGGGCUUUGGCGCCAGCGGCAAAAAGGAGAGCCAUGGCGAGCCCCGAGGAGCGAAUGGGGGCCGCGAGGAGCGCGAACUUGCCUUGGGUAGAAAAAUACCGGCCUCAGACGCUAAAUGAUCUGAUCUCUCAUCAGGACAUUCUGAGUACCAUUCAGAAGUUCAUCAGUGAAGAUCGGUUGCCUCAUCUUCUCUUCUAUGGGCCUCCAGGAACUGGCAAGACUUCCACCAUUUUGGCUUGUGCUAAACAACUUUACAAAGAAAAGGAAUUCAACUCUAUGGUUCUGGAGCUAAAUGCUUCAGAUGAUCGAGGUAUUGACAUUGUCAGAGGGCCUAUCCUGAACUUUGCCAGCACAAGGACCAUCUUUAAGAAAGGCUUUAAGCUGGUGAUUCUGGAUGAAGCAGAUGCCAUGACGCAGGAAGCACAGAAUGCCCUCAGGCGUGUAAUAGAAAAAUUCACAGAGAACACCCGAUUUUGCCUGAUCUGCAACUAUCUCUCCAAGAUCAUCCCAGCCUUGCAGUCUAGGUGCACCAGAUUUCGCUUUGGUCCUCUCACACCAGAGCUCAUGGUUCCUCGGUUGCAGCAUGUCAUUGAGAAGGAGAAAGUCGAUGUAAGUGAUGAUGGAAUGAAGGCACUGGUGACACUGUCAAACGGUGAUAUGCGCAGAUCUCUGAACAUUUUACAGAGCACAAACAUGGCUUUUGGAAAGGUGACAGAGGAGACAGUGUACACCUGUACUGGGCAGCCACUCAGAUCUGACAUUGCCAACAUCCUUGACUGGAUGCUGAACCAAGACUUCACCACUGCCUACCACAAUAUCAUGGAACUGAAGACAUUGAAGGGGCUGGCACUGCAUGAUAUCCUGACAGAAAUUCACCUGUUUGUCCACCGAGUUGACUUUCCAUCAUCAGUUCGAAUCCAGUUGCUGAUCAAGAUGGCAGAUAUUGAGCAUCAUCUAGCUGUGGGGACAAGUGAGAAGAUCCAGCUGGGGGCUCUUGUUGGUGCCUUCCAGGUCACCAGAGACCUCAUUGCAGCUGAAGCUUAAUGAAGCUGUUUUUAGUGUUUUGGCCACUUCCUUAGAACCCCAGCUGUUGUUGGACUGCAGCUUCCAGCAUUCUCCAUAGGCAUUGCUAAGGCUGAAAUUCAGCCAUCUGUGGCCUGUAGUGAUCAGUGACUUUCCUUCUGGUGUUACUAGAGUGGACUGAAUGGAAUGGCAGAUGAGUGUUAACACUGCUGUACCAAGCAGAAUGAAUUUUUAAACUCUGCUUGUCAAAAGUGCAGAGUAAAAAAGCCCUUACUUCUUUGUACAUGGCUACGGCUCCUGUUCCUUUGGCCUCAUUUCUCUUAAGACUUGGAUAAUUUGCUUUUAAAUAACCCCUAUAAGCCCUAUGCUUUCUGAGGAGUUAGGGGAACCGUAGUCAACAUAAUAUUUUCAACCUCUACUAUUUGUCUUCACGUUUAGUGGAAGGCUCUUGAAUGUGUUAACAAAACCAAAAUGGACUCCUACCUUGGGGAAAGAUUGCUAAUCAGAAUUGUCAUUUUAUAGAUUGAUAUAGGCUGCUAUGUUAGAAUAGAAGAAUUUUUUGAUGGGUGGUGACUUGGAGACCUUUAGCAGAGGGAAUUUUCCCCUAUGAGGUUUGACCAAAGCAGAAUAGAGCGGUUUAGUUCCUUCAGUCUAGACGAUAUACUCCUAUUGAUGCAGCCUAGAAUUGCAUUGGGUUUCUUAGCUGCCACAUCACAUUGCUGUUGCAUGUUUCAGCCUGUGGCCCACUAAGUCUCCUAGAUCCCUUGCAUCUCACAUGCUUCAUUGGGCAAAGAUUGCAUCUUUAAAAAAAAAACAUGCAGGGGAAGAAAAGUGACAGUGUUAGCCAUAUAACCUGCAUGGAGCUUCUUUGAGAUGGAAGGGUCUGUAUAGACUAAAAGUAGGCCACAGCUCCAGUGGUCAUGACCUGACUGGUAGCAAAGACAGUAAGAAAUAAUAAAAGUUAGGUUUUUCUGUUGGAAAGUGUGAAGUAUUUGAAAUGUGUUGUAAGUGCCAGAAGGGGCAGGCAUUGGAGGCUUUUGGGUAUUGCAUUAAUCCUUUCAAAAACAUCUUAAUUUUAGGGAAGCUGGUUUCUGGGGGCUAGUAACGCUUGUGACAGAAUGAUUACAAAGUGCUGUAGAAGAGAAAGGCCUUGCAUUCAAUUCCCAUAUUUUUACUUGACCACAGAUUUGUAUUACUGAAGUAUUUUCCCCCCCCAAAAAUCCAUAUUUCACUAGGAAACAUGGCAUUUGUGUUUGCCAAAAUGCCAUUUUUAUUGGACUCUGCCAGUGCAAACAUUCCAAGGUGAAAAAAGAGAAAGAACAGAGCUAGUUCAGUCUAAGCACUUUAUUGCAGUUUGGCUAGAGGGACUAUUGAAGCAUAUUUUAAAAACAAGUUUUUCGCCUCCAGAAGCCAUAUACGUUUCCACCUACUGUAUCCUGAAAAAACAGUUGAUCAUUUAUUUUUAACAUUAUAUUCACCAGCACCUUCUCAAAUACACUUUGCAUCCUGA